GGGAAUAUGCUCUCACUGUUUUACUUUGUCUGUUUAUGUUAUAUGGGUGUUGGUUAUCCUACGUAUCCUGUUGAUAAUUCCGUGGGAUAUGAAAGAACAUUUACUGGAAUUGGAGCGAUAAGUGGAGGAGGGGCCACAUCAAAACUGUUACGGAACUAUCCUCUACAACAAAGAUCAGAGAUCCUAGACUAUUUAUUUAAGCCGAACUUUGGUGCAUCUCUCCACAUCUUCAAGGUUGAAAUAGGCGGAGACGUGCAAAGUACAGAGGGAACAGAAGCAUCUCACAUGCACAAUAGUUGGGAUGAGAAUUAUAAUCGUGGUUAUGAAUGGUGGAUGAUGAAAGAAGCUAAAAUGAGGAAUCCAGAUAUUCAGCUGUAUGCAUUACCAUGGGGAUUUCCAGGAUUUUUAAAAGACGCUUACGACAGACCGUGGGGUAAUAUACAGUCAACAGCUGAUUAUAUAGUUAAAUGGAUCAAUGGAGCACAUGUUUAUCAUAAUCUCACUAUGGAUUAUAUAGGAAUCUGGAAUGAAAGUCCAUACAAUAUUACUUAUAUUAAGACAUUAAGAAAAACUCUGGAUAAUGCAGGCUUUAAUAAAACUAAGAUUAUUGCUAGUGAUCAAAUGAAUUGGGAAAUUGCAGGCGAUAUGAACAAAGAUGCUGACUUAAAAGAUGCUAUUUUUGGUCUUGGAUCUCACUACCCCGGUACGAACUCCACGCCAGAAGCUGUUGCCUUAAAUAAAUCGUUAUGGGCAUCCGAAGAUUGGUCUUGCGUCGACCCUAUCACUGGUCCCGGUUGUCUGGCACGGACUUUGAAUCAAAAUUACGUUAAUGGUUAUAUGUCAACUACAGUGAUAUGGAAUUUAAUAUCAAGUUAUUAUUAUGGAUUACCAUGGUAUAAUUCUGGUAUUAUGACGGCAUCUGAACCCUGGUCUGGUCAUUAUGUAGUACCCGCCAACGUAUGGGUGACAGCUCACACCACCCAGUUUACUGCUAUCGGAUGGAAAUAUUUAAGUCAUGGAAAUGGUGUUGGUAAAUUAACCUCGGGAGGUAGCUAUGUUGCAUUAAUGAGUCCCGAUGAGCAAGAUAUCACAAUUAUUAUAGAGACUUUGGAGCACGACUUCUCGAUAUGCACCCGUCCACCACUUGCUCCAUUUGAUGUGAAUGACCAGUCAGCUUUGUUUGAACUAAAGGGUGUGCUGGGUCAAAAAUUCAAGUCUUUGAACACGUGGUAUAGUCGAAUGGCAGCUAAUGGAAUGCCCCCUACUCUGUUCCAGCAGAGAAACCCAACCCAGGUAAACAAUGGAUCAGUUUAUCUUUAUCUGGGAAGAGAUGAAGUGUGGACACUAACAACUCUUCAGACUGGUUUUAAGGGAAGCUACCCAAAUAUACCGUAUUCCAGACCAUUUCCUCUUCCAUAUAUAGAAGAUUUUGAAGAUUAUGAAGUUGGGGCGGAACCAUUUAAUUUAGCUCAACAAGUUGGAUCGUUUGAAGUAGACGAAGUUAACAAUAUAAAGUUUAUGAAACAAGUUGUUUUAGAGGAGCCCGUCCAUUGGUUCUGGUGUAAAAUAGAUACGUACAAUACGACGCUAAGUGUUAUUGGAGAUUAUAACUGGCAAGAUAUCCGUGCUGACGUUGCUGUAAAAUUAGAAGGAGAAAACACAACUGAUUCGGUUUUCCUUUCAGUAAGAACAACAGCUAGUGGUUGUCAAGCAGACACAGAAUCCGGACUUUUCUUGUUUUUCUUUCCUAAAGAGCGACUCUAUGUCUUGUCAUCAGACUUUUUGAGGAAAACUGUACUGGUAUCUGGAAACGUUACUACUGUUACAAAUAAUUGGGAUGUUAUAUCACUGGAAGCAAGGGGAGAUCAUGUAUGGGGAGCAAUUAAUCAAAAUAUGCUAUUCAACAUUACAACACCCAUAUCUAUAACAAAUGGUUGGGUUGGCUUGGGAUCCUAUCCCUAUGGAACGGCUUACUUUGAUGAUUUGCACAUAAAUAAAGUUUAAUUUA